UCAAGUGCUUCUCCAAUAUCCAAUAUAGUAAGCACGAGUACAAAAUCGACCUCUGGUGAUGGUAGAGUCCAUAAAACUCGGACAAGCAGCAAGCACCAAAUGGCAGCUUGCUGUUUCUGCAAGAAGAGGCGCAAAAAAUGCGACGUAGUUUAUCCGUCUUGUGGAUCGUGUAAAUCGAACAAGAUUCCUUGCACUGUUAUUGUUAUUCCCACAGGCAGAGAGGUGCCCCGGAAGUAUAUUGAAAUUCUCGAAAACAAGAUCAAGGUAUUGGAAAAAGAGCUGGAAGAAAAUGGCUCGAGAUAUGUAGACCGUUCUGAAAGUCAAGAUGCCCGACGGGAGAACGAGGAAUCGGAGACCACGAAAGAUAACGGGCUUCCAUUAGAAGUUGGAUACAUUACUCUGGCAGCUGCAGGCGAGCCAAGAUACAUCGGUCUGAGCAGUGCAUACUCCAUAACGAAAGCUAUUCAUAGUACAAAAAAUUACUACGAGCAGCAAAAGGGAUAUAAUGAAUCUAACGACCUAGCUAAUAUCAGAAAUGCCAGCGUUCAGCCUUCGAUAGUAGACGUUGCCUUUCGACAGCCACGUCGAACCGAUGGAUAAAGGCUCCUCAAAGCGUACCAUCAUGGAGUGCAGUUUCAAUACCCCUUCCUCGAUUGGGACUGGAUUUUGACAUGUUUCGAGAAGGUUAUACAGGAAGAUACUGAAGAUGAUGAGCUGCUCUUCUUCAUUUACAUGAUGUUUGCCAUUGGAAGUCAGUUAUCAGAGUCUGCUGGAGGAGCUCGAUCGGAUCGUAUCACCCGUGCUUACUACGACAAAGCAUUUGAGCAUAUUGCACCGGUUGUCGAGGGCACUAACAUUCGCGCUGUGCAAGCGUACCUGCUUCUUAGCGUUUUCUCGCAAAAGAUGCCGUAUGGAAGCUCUAUCUGGCAAACAACGGGGUUGGCACUCAGAACCGCAGUGGCUUUGGGACUACACAUGAAACCUUAUCCAGGCAGAAAAAAUGGGAUCUAAAACGAAGCUUGACUGUGACCAGGAUUUGAAGUCGCGCAUUUUCUGGUGUGCAUGUAGCAUGGAGAGAAUCAAUGGCCUUGUUCUAAGUCGGCCUUUUGGAAUUGCAGAUGCAGAGAUCGACGCGCCAUUUCCGAAAUCGGACCAAUAUGCAGUCUCGAUUUAUGUAUUCAAAUUCAGAAUUCUGCAAUCCGGUAUAUGCUCGUUUGUUUACAAGCCCAGGCCCUCGCCAACUAGCUCAGAAGAAAUGAACGCUACGAGACACCGGAUAUAGCUGGAGCUGAACGAUUGGAAAUCUACAUUUCCGUACAAAAGAGACGCAGAAACGACGUGGGAAACCAAAAAUUGGUGCACAAUAUCAUAUCACAAUUCCGUGCUUCUGCUUCCAAGCCCUGUGGUCCUAGAGGUGGCAAGGUUGAAGAAGAAUACCCUGCCCGCAACAAUUGAAUGGUUUUCUGUCUUUGCGCUGUCAGCAUCUGCCAUCUGUCUCAAUUACAAGCAUUUGCAUGCAAAGCGAAAACUAAGCUACACAUGGCUAGCCAUUCAAUGCGUGUUCGUGGCUGGGGUCACCUUCCUAUACUGGAUUUGGUUGGAUUCCUCGCUAAACUUUCUACAGUGGGCAAGGAAAAGCAUUAUUUAUGACGCAGUGUCUGCGUGCUCCAAUAUACUUUAUGUCCUGGCAGAACGCUGGGAAGGCGCUCAGAUGUUUAGAAAUACCUUUGAGCGCUUGUCUAAAGCAGUGUUGGCUCACUUUGAGGGCACCGAAACCGUCAGUGAGGGACAACCUACAUCUACAAAUCGAGGAAAUACUAGUACCGUGACUGAAAUGCAGAAAGCGACACUGCCCAAUUAUCACGAAACCAUGUUCUUUGAAGGUGAUUCGCAUCACUUUUCCAAGAGCGAUGGCCACUCUUCCACCGAUGGCAUAUCCUUCACUAUUCCUCAAAGUAUGUCUAGUGAUUCCUCA